ACCCGCGCGUUAAUUCGCAGCGCGUUCAGCCAGGUCGUGGGCUCCAGAGGGUUCAGUGCCCGGCCUCGGAAGGGCACACAGUUUAGGGGCGGGGGGGACACAUCCUACAAAUGAAAAAAACCCAAAAAAACAAAUCAAAACAAAACUCCUGCAGAGGAGCCGCGGCUGUUUCAGUUAACCAAAAGCUCCAAAAGAAAAAGGAGCUAAUUCACUCAGGGAUCCGGGACUGAGCCAACCCGUGUCCACGGCCGCCCCCGCCCUGGGACACAUGCAUUCCUUUGUUGUUCAUGGAAAUGACACAGUUUUCAAGCCCUUCGGGAGCUCCUCGGCAAAGGCUAGCUAACGGCCAGGACAAACACAGUGGAAAAUGCAAAACAACGAAAUUAUAAAACCUGCCAAAUACUUCUCAGAAUUGGAAAAGAGUAUCCUGCUUGCUUUAGUAGAAAAGUACAAGUAUGUGCUGGAAUGUAAGAAAAGUGAUGCCCGAACUAUUGCCCUCAAGCAGCGCACCUGGCAGGCGCUGGCCCACGAGUACAACUCUCAGCCCAGCGUGUCGCUGCGGGAUUUCAAACAGCUGAAGAAGUGCUGGGAGAACAUCAAGGCUCGGACCAAAAAAAUUAUGGCCCAUGAAAGGAGAGAGAAAGUGAAACGGAGCGUCAGCCCCCUCCUGAGCACCCACGUGCUGGGGAAGGAGAAGAUCUCCAGCAUGCUGCCCGAGCAGCUCUACUUCCUCCAGAGCCCCCCAGAAGAGGAGCCCGAGUUCCAUCCGGACCCUGCGGCCCAAGAAUCAUUUGCUGUUUCAAAUAGAGAACUGUGCGAUGAUGAGAAAGAGUUCAUACAUUUUCCAGUAUGUGAGGGGACCUCUCAACCUGAACCCUCGUGUUCAGCUGUCAGAAUAACAACCAAUAAAAACUACAGGAGCAAAACCUCUCAGGAAGGUGCUUUAAAAAAGAUGCAUGAGGAAGAACACCAUCAACAAAUGUCCAUCUUACAACUGCAGCUGAUACAAAUGAAUGAGGUGCAUGUGGCCAAAAUCCAGCAGAUAGAGCGAGAGUGUGAGAUGGCAGAGGAGGAACACAGGAUAAAAAUGGAAGUUCUCAAUAAAAAGAAGAUGUAUUGGGAAAGAAAACUGCAAACUUUUACCAAGGAAUGGCCUGUUUCCUCAUUUAACCGGCCCUUUCCCAAUUCACCCUAAGACUUUGUGGGUGGUGCCCUUGUGAUUAAUCUGUGUUGGCAAAGAAAGUCUGGAACAUGAACUCGCGGUCAGUAAUUUGUAACUGAGCUACAUCUAGGAAAAUUAGAGUGGUAGUAGUCACUUAUUUAAGAAUACAUUCAGGUAAACAGCUGCACCCUCUGUACCCUCCCUAAGUGGCAAAGAAGCUGUUAGCAUCUUCUGAAAAUUAUCACUGAGUGCUAUAAUUCUGAAUGUAAUGUCUCUUAAUUAGAAUUCAUACAAGAA